AUGGAAGAUCAAAAUUCCUCCUCCAACGAUCAUCAUCAAGGCUCAACAUCCUCAUUGUCAUUAUCCGAUGAAGGGAGAAACCGCGAUGGUGUUCAAGAAGAAACCCUUAAUCAAGAACAACAACAACAAGAAGAAGUGUUGGCAACUCAUGAUGAACAGUCGCUUGAAGAUCCGGAUGAAGAAUUAAGGGAACGUAUGAAACGAUAUAUCGAGAGUCGUGGCGAGAAUAAAGAAGGAGGCUCGCAAUCACUUCGUUCCGAUGAUGAUGAUAGCUAUAACCAUGAGGAAGAGUUCAGCACGAUCAUUGCUUCUCCCAGUAGAAGAAACCAUCUCACUACUAAAAUGAUGAGCCCACUCGGAAUUAAGAAAUCACAUCAAAAAGUAUUCCUUGAAAUGUUUCAUCAGACACUUCCAGAAAGUAUUCAUACUGUGGAUGAACGAGAAAAGAAGGAAACGAUGGCAGCGACCAUUUUGCAAAAAGCUGUGAAAGGAUUCCUAGUGAGAAGAAAAUACAUGAAACGGCGGGUGGAAGAGGCAAAGAAUAAGGCUGAAUAUGAAGCAAACCAAAUUGAACUAAGUGACCUGAGGAAGAAGAGACAAGAAAUGACCAACCAAAGCGAGAUGAAAGAGCAUUCCCAAAAAAUUGUAAAUUCUAUUCAAGCAAGCAUCAAACGAAUUAAACAUGGAGAACAAACAAGGCAAGAGAGCGCAGCCAUCAUACAGAGGGCAUGGCGAAGAUACAAAGAGAAAAAUCCCAAUUCUGAAAAGCAAAUUCAAGAAGCAAGUACCAAACUGAUUAGUCAGAUGGAAAAUUCUGAGUAUUUUGGAGAACGAAUGACCAUAGAAAAUUUGAUGGUCCUCCUUUCAAACUCCACACAAAUGGUAAAUCCCUAUAUUGCAAGACCAGAUUAUUCCUACAAAAUGUCACUGGUGUAG